GUUGUGGGCGGCCUUACCGUCGAGCAAGCACCCCAGUAUAUAACGAUGGGGAUAUUGAGUUAUUCAUGGACGAGUUCUGGGGCCACGCUGACCAUAUGGGGUGGACCGUGACUCAGACGAUCGAGAGGUUGAGGGGAGUUGGCAGGUUUAUGGAGCCCAUCGCACAGAUUCGCAGGGAGGCUCGAACGAGGUCGGAAGUGGAGACGCGGAUGCAGAAACUGCGACCGUCGCCUGUGGGGCUUGAUGGCAGACCUAUUCGGCUAGAGAUUGGGAAUGCAGAGGAAUUCAUCCCAGCAUUCGAGAAAUUCAUGCCAGGAGAGCGGAGGCAGCUGGGACAGGACGUAUCAGAGCAACCAGCCGCGGCUGAGCCUCAGCAAGAGGCACCUAUGGGAACAGUCAUUUUGGAGCCUGAGGAGGCAGAGGCCAAGAGGAAGGCUGAGAGGGAAGCCUUCGAAUUCAGAGCCCCUACGGAGCUUGCGAUGCUGCCCACGAUGGCUGCGGACCCUGCCAUGCCAUCGUCACUUGGGAAGAGACUGCCCUCGGCCAGUGAUGAGCCUCCCCAAGGCUCGACAGGAGGGUCCUUGGACGUGCUACUGGAAACAAUCCACUCUAUGCAGGAGGAUGCGGGCUUGUUUUCACCAGAGUCCAAGUUAGAAGAGCCCCUGGAGAGCGAGAUGGGAGGUGCAGUGGAGGGCAUCAUCGCGGGCAGGCCCCAGAAACGAGAGGGAACAGGGAAGGGAGUUGGCGAAGAGGACGAGAGGGGAAGGCAGGGGGGAUACUGCCUGCUGACUGAGCUGGACCUUCGUAUUCGCUACAGGGUGGCUGAUGCAGGGAGUGAAGCGCCGGCCAGAGAGGGAUGCGAGGCAGACAAGAGGGAGCGCAGGUGGGGGGGGAGUGCCGGCAGUUCAGCGCCCGCGCUCGCCCCUGUUUUCAGGAGUGCUAGGCAGUCAGAUGCCGCACGGGGUGGUACUGCAGUGGCACCUGACGCAUCACCCCGCAGUUCGUCGGAGCACCUCUGGCUGCCACCGCCACCGUCGAGAGCGGCGCAGCGUCCAAUGGUCCACCACGCUAACGGAACCGCCCACCCGGAUCCGUCACACGCACCUGCAGAUGCUAGACAUUCUGCUUCCGUGCCUCAUUUCGGGGAACAUGUGGAUCAUGGGGUGUCUGCCGAGGAGGUCCCCGCUCCGGUGUCCGAUUCAUCGCCGACCCCUGUUCCGACAACCACGGGCGGUGGUCGGUCUGCCCCACAACCUCCACCCGUGUUGAUCGGAACGUUAGACCCUUUGCAGCGCAUUCGUGAUCUUGCAGUCGCCCAGAGCGCGACACCUGUGAGCCCUGGCGGGUUGUUGGAUGCUGGGGUCCUCGGCGGGAGAGCUACGACGGGACGAUGUCGGGGCACUUACAGGCAGCAAGCCGUCACGUCAUAUUAUUCGGACCCUUUGGAGCGCGCAUGGCAUCUGCAAAUCAUGCAGUUCAUCGUCGAGAGCGGGAUGCCGUUCAACAACACGAAGCUUGAAAGCUUCAAACGCAUGUUCACGAUGAUAAUCCCGCCGGGGGUUCCAGGGGCGCGCACGCCUAGACUUCCCUCGUACCACAUGCUGCGCACGACCCUUUUGGACGAGCUGGAUGGUGAGGUCCAGAAGUGUGUUCGGCCGGUGCUUGACACGUCGAGAGAGACCGGUUGCACAAUCAUGACCGAUGGUUGGACCAACAUCCGUGGUCAGACGUUGUGUAACUACCUUGUUGGUACAGAGAUCGGGGUGGUGUAUGUGUCCACCGACGUCAUGCGUGGCAAAAAGGACGCCAGUGCCCUCGCGAACGCAUGGUUGAAAAGGGUGAAGUCCAUGGACGUUCAAUUGAGCGACAUCACGGCGUUCGUGACGGACUCCGCCAGGGUGAACGUCGUGGCGAUGGAGGUAUUUCAAAAAGAUGAGAGCGUGAAACACAUCUUCUGGAUUCCUUGCGUCGCCCACAUCAUGGAUCUCAUUCUCGAGGACAUCGGCGGGAUUGAUUGGGUGGCUUCCCGCAUUUCUCAAACGAGGCUGGUUACAAGGUUCUUCAAGCUCCAUGGACAUGCGAGAGAGGUUCUUGAGGCGCACUCGACGAAGACUCUUCUGCUACCGGCGGAGACGCGUUUCGGCACGAACGUCAUCAUGAUGGAGAGGCUGGUGGCUCUGCGGGCCGCGUUGACAGAUGUUGUGGCCGACGAUCGCUGGCGCGAGGCUGUUUGGUCGACCAGCAAGAUCCGCAAGGAUGCAGCGGAGGUCACUGCAUGUAUCGGCUACCCUCCAUGGUGGGAGAAUUUGAGAGCUCUGUGCAAGAUGCUAGAGCCCAUCAUGGGCAUGCUGAAGUUGGUGGACAGCGACACACGCCAGAUCAGCAAGAUUCUGCGACUUUACGAGGAAAUGAUUGCAUCUUGUUUAUCCGCAUGUCGUGACAUUGAUCGGGAGCAGCAGGACGCUAUUGUGGAGGUGUUCCACAGGCGACGCACCAUAUUCAAGACCCCCGCCCACACGGCAGCCAUGCUGCUCGAUCCAGAGUUCCGGAACGUGACGCUUUGUGACGAUGCGGAUGUGCAGCAGGCCUUGGUCGAGGCCCUUGUCCAGUUCGGCUACCCGAAGGAUUCGCCGCAGCACCGGGAGGUCCAACGAGCGGUCGCCAAGCUCCACACGAGGGAGCCCCCUUUCGAUGAGCUCACCAUGCGGCGAGCUGCGGAUAUCUUUGAUCACCCUGCCAGUUUUUGACGUCGUGUCCACAUUGCGAUCGACACAGGGGCACGUGACAUGCGGCAGGACCCGGUUGCCGUGUCAGAGGACGAGAUGGGAGAUCCUUCCAACGAGACGCAGCGCGACCCGGUUCAUGCAGAGGAGCUAGCCUUGAACACUGAUGUGAUAGUGACGGAGGAGGAUAUAGGGUUUAGGAUCACUCAUCCCCGGUCGCCAGCUCCGGUUGUUGGCACAGAGGAGGAGACGGAGUUCGGAGGACCCGGUCCACUCCGCCAGGCGCAGACUCGGUGCACUCCAGGGGGCGCCCCAGUCCACUCCACAGGAGCGGGUUUGGAGGAUGGCGAGGCACGACGUGAGCCGCCUCCUCACACGAGUGACGGCGGUCUAGAGGAGGGAGAGGUUGCACCCACUCCCACUUGUGGAAAGGACGGGGAGGACGAACGUCCUCCGACGGACCACCACGUCGGCCUCGACUGCCCGCCCGACAGUCUUCUGCCCACCGACGAGCUAUUCACCAUGGAUUCCGCCCUGGCAUCUCUGCCCGAUAUAUCGCUACUGAUAUCUCCCACUUUGCCGGUUGUGGCACCACCGGAGCCUGCUAGACGAGAUGACGCGCGUCGUGACAGAGGGUUCGACGAGUUCGGCGGCGACACGAUACUGCAUCCUCCAGAGUCCGGCACUCCCGCUAUUUUUCAUGCCGGUGCACCGUGGGCGGUGGAGCAGGGGUUGGCGGAGGAGGUGGCACGGAACCGUCGUGGUGGACCGCACAUCGCAGCUCAACGUAGUCUGGAAGGUUCACUAGAGGCAGCGUCUGAAGAUUUUUUGGCGCAGGGGGGUCAUGGUUCGCAGCUGUUAUCGGACGGCGUGUCAUCAGUCCAUCCACCAGAGGAGGGCCCGCAGCAAGAGCCACAUCGAGGGCCAGCGGAGACUUUAGAGGCGAGGCCUCCUGGAGUUAUCCGCUCGGACGGAGGCGAGGGCGUGAGCGAGGAUACAGCGUAGCCAGGGAGCGCAAAUGGUGGACGGUCCUUAAGGGGGGGCAUCGAGCGCAGAGGGUCAUCGACCGCACACCCCAGCAU